GGCUGGAAACUAUCGUCCAUCGCUAAAGACAACUAUUAAAUUGAUUAAAUUAAACGCAUUCAAAAACAGCAAGUGCAAACAACGGAGAGUGCGAGUGCGAGUGCAAGCGAAUAAAACUGGGUGUCGUAACUCCGUGUGGAGUAACAAAAUGAGCAUUGCGGAGCAGGGUAAUAACGGAUUAUCCUGAUCCUGGACGCCCGAGUUGUGUGCGUAUGUGUGUAGUCCGUGUGCCAGUGACGACAUUGACCCGCCCCCGCCACGCCCCUUCCCCUUUCGCAGGGGAAAAUGUGCCAUGCCAUUGAUGAUGUCGUUGUUGUUCAUUUCCAGGCUGAGUUGAGCCGUGGAGUACUAGAAGGAAACUGAAAACCCGAACCUAGAAUAAAGACCAUGUUUAACCGCCAGGCGAACGGAGGAGGAGGAGCUAGUGGCCAGGGCGCGGGCCCCAGUCAGGCAGCACCCGCACCACCAACUUCUGCUUCUGCACCACCAGCAGGAGCCACUACAUCUGGAUCACCCGCACCGCCCAGCCAAUCCCCCGAUCUCUACCUGCGCCCCCUGCCCUUCUUGGACGCCAAGUGGCUGCGCGCUGAUCUCAUUGCCUCCCUGCGCAACGCCGCCGAUGGCGCAGUGCUCUGGAACCACCUGAUCCAGGACUGCGAGUUGGUCUCCUCUCCUUCUGCACCGCUCCUUAACGCCCGCGGCCAGCUUUCCUACCUGGGCGACGAUGGCAAGCACUAUUGCGGCGCCCAGCAGCUCAAGUGCUCCUGCUGCCAGCCGGACUUUUGCGGGCCACUCUCGGCCUGCAACUGCGACGGCUGCCGACCCCUAGACUCGGACACGGCCAUCAAGAAGCUCACCACGCAGGCCGCCGCCCAGCAGGCAGCACAUCUCAGCCAGGCCACUGAUCUGGUCCUGAGCGGCUGGCUCUGGAGCCAGCCGCCAUCGCAGCAGGCGCGUCUGGACUGCCAGCGUUCCAUGAUCUCAGAGCUGCAGGAGCUGGCCCUGCGCGCUGCCGGCAACUGCUUGUCCGCCCAGCAUCUCCGACAGCAACUAUUCGUCUACGAACGUUACUUUGUGGCUCUGAAAAGGGAAAGAGAGCGGGAGCGGCAGCCCUCGACAAGCACACCAGUCGGGGUUAACACUACCACCACAAGCACCACCAUUGUCGCCACCAACGAUGCCGUUGACCCACAGCCGACGGAAACUCCGGAGCACGGAGCUCUGGGCUUGGCGCGUGUGGCCACCCGGGCCGCCCUAAACUUCAGCUUCGCCUUUCUGCGCCGCGCCUGGCGCUCCGGUGAGGACACUGAAAUGUGCAGCGAGCUGCUGAGCGAGGCGCUUGCAUCUCUACAGGAGUUGCCGGAGGCCACCCUCUUCGAAGCGGCCGUUGUCUCGUCGCUCUGGCUGGAGGUCAUGGAGCGCUCCAUCAAGUUCCUGCGGCUGGUGGCGCUCGGAGAUCCGAUGGGCGGUCGAUGUACCGCCCCGCUGAACGACCGCCACACGGCACUGUGCCUGCUGCUUGAGCUGGGCGUGCAGAAGGGCACGCUGGCCGCCACGCUUGAGAGCGUCGUUCUGCUGUUGCUGCUCUGGGAGAAGGAUCGCGCGGGCAACGACAAUCGGGACAUGCCCCGCAAGACAGGCGCCCCUCUGCAACGCAUCCUGCUGCGCUACCAGAAGAUUGGAGCAACGGCCAAAGGAGGCGGAAUCGCCGGCGGAGAGCCUGCUCCGGUGGCCAGUGCCACUGAGACCUUCCUGCGCUUUCUUUCGCUACCCAAGAGCAGUGCGGCAAUUGUGGACCUUCGGCGCGCCGCCGUCGUCAUCAUUUCUCACCUGGACCGCAUGGUGCAGCCGCUAAUGCCACGCUGCCUGCUCCGUACUGGUCAUGCCCCUGCCGCAUCGUCCAGUUCGGCCCCCCAGCAGCGAAUCUACGCCUUGGGAUGGCCCUCGCUCUCCAAGGAUCAGCAGGGAUUCAGCACCGAAACAACGCUCAGCUGGAGCGGGGAGUCCACGGUGGUGCCAAUGCUCAGCUGCCGAUUCCAGAUCAAGCAGGUGGCCUGCUGUGAAAGCCAGAUGCUUAUCCUUAGCCAGGAGGGCAAGCUGCACACCUGGCGCUUGGCCAAACCGGAAGCGGAACCGCUGCCCAUGGAGGAAGUCGCCCAUGAGGUGUUUAUCAGUAUUGCCGGCCACUGCGAGGGCAGACACUUCCUGGCCAUUGACAGCAACCACAACGCCUAUUCUUGGGGCACUGGCGAAGAUCACCGCCUGGGACAUGGGGACACCCACGCCCGCGCCGUCCCCACCAAAAUUGCUGCUCUGGAACAGCAUUGCGUCCAGUCGGUCUACUGCGGCUGCUCCUACAGUGCUGCCAUCACCUGCGGCGGCAACCUGCUCACCUGGGGCCGCGGCACAUAUGCCCGUUUGGGCCACGGAAACAGCGACGACCGCUGCCUGCCCACCCUGGUGGUGGCACUGGCCGAGCACAUGGUGGUGGAUGUAGCCCUGGGCAGCGGCGAUGCCCACUCGCUUGCCCUCACAUCCGAGGGAUUGGUGUUCGCCUGGGGCGACGGUGAUUACGGCAAGCUGGGCAAUGGCAACUGCAACGGCAGCCUGCAGCCGAUCCUUGUCGAAUCGCUCCCUCGGGUGCAGCGCGUCUUUGCAGGGUCUCAGUUCUCAGUGGCGCUAAGCAACGAAGGCCAGCUCUUCACCUGGGGCAAGGCCACCUGCCUGGGACACCAGCUAGUGGAGCGCAGCGUCCAAGGAUGCAGUGUCCCGCGUCUGGUCAGCAGCUUGCAGCACAAACGCAUCGUGGAUGUGGCUGUGGGUGUAGCACAUUGUCUGGCGCUCUCUAGUACCGGGGAGGUCUUUGGAUGGGGCCGUAACGAUAGUCAGCAAAUCUGUCCUGCCUCCGUGUCCAGGGAACCAUUGUUGCGAACCCCCAUCCUCGUGGCAUUGCCCACGCUCCCGGCUAGCGGAGUAGCCUGCACCAGUGCCCAAAGUCUGGUGUGGACCCAGAGCUCCCACCAGGGUGUGCCGUUGCGCGCCCCCUUUGUCAUCGAUUUGGGUGAGCCCACGUUCCGUCUGCUAGACCAGCUGCUGGGAAUGUGCAGUAGCCAGGACAAUAGGCAGACUCCGAACCAGGAAAGCGAGUGCAUCGCCGUAGCCUGUCUCAAUCUGGUGCGCCUGCAACUGCUCGCUCUCAUCGCCAACGGAGUUGAGCCGCGCCAAGUGGGGCUUGCCAGUGGCAGCCGGCUCCUCAGCAGCCUUAAGACGCGUGUUCUCGGAUUGGCUGGUGGCAGCCAAGUACUACGCACAAUCCAAGUAGCCGCACAGCAGGCACUACAGGACGGUUGGAGUGUCCUGCUGCCUACAGCAGCGGAGCGUGCCCAGACCCUCACCUCGCUGCUGCCCUCGGAACCUGGGCAGGCGUCCUCAGCCGGCCACCGCUUUAUGACUGACCUCCUAGUCAGCUCCCUGAUGGCGGAGGGCGGCUUGGAGUCGGCGCUGCAGCACGCCAUCCGCCUGGAGAGUAGCUCCUGCUCCGCAGACUGCGGUGACGGAGUGCAUUUACCUUUGCUGCAGCUGAUCACGCGACUGCUGAGUAACAACGCAGCGCUCUCCCAGACCCGAAUUUCGCCCACGCUUGGAAAGCAGCAGCAAUUGCAGCAGGAGAAGGAGGAGGCAGAGCGCGAGCAACAGCACCAGGAGCCAAGCACUAGUCCCAGCCUGAGCCUGCUGCACCGGUUCCAGCGCCUCCUGCUGGCUCACAUCCACCAGGCAGAGCCCGAAGAGGAAACCACUGGCGCCGAAGCGCUACUGCUGCAAUACUUGCACGCUUUGAUACCCGCUUGCGUUGCCACUCUGCAGAAGGCUCACGAAUUGGCGCUGCAGUGUCGGGAGCCGGGUGAGCAUUCGCUUAGUCACCAGGUAAGCCACCUGGGCCGCGUACUCCAGGCUGAUAUUUCGGACGCCCUUCUGCACGAGCUGCUUGUGGGCCUGGUUCUUCUCAAACGCGAUCGACCCCAGUGUCUGGGCGGCCUACGGUGGGCGCGCCUGUUUCUACCACUGCUCAGGGUGCUGGACAGACUCAAUCGGGCGCUUAGCGAGGGAGAGCUGCGCGACGGCGACGACAUGGGCUGGCCCGGUAUCAUCUGUCGAGGUGGGCCCAAAGGCGGACCCCCGCCGGCCGAUCCUGAGACGCACUAUGUGCGCCGGGCGGACAUGGAGAAUCUACUGCUCGAUGGCAGUCGCUGCAUCAUCUUGACCGGCUACGUAUGUGAUCUUACUGGAUACAACUGCGAGUCGGAGACACUACGGAGCGUUUUGGACUCGGGCUUAGGCAAGGAUCUCACGGCUGAGAUGGGUAGCCAGGCGCACAGGAGUGCCAUGGAACACAUCCUCCAGCAUCACAAGCUGGGCAAGUACAUGGCUCAGGCUAGCAGCGAAGAGAAGUCAUCGGCGCCUGGACCCAGCCGGCUUACCCACUUCAGUUCGGAGUGCGCUUUGGCGCAGCUGCUCGGCCUGGUGGCCAAUCUAAUGUGCAGCGGCCCGGCGCUGCAGCCGGCGGAGCUGCAGUGCCGUCAACUUGACAAGUCCAAACUGCUGAGUGGUGGCCUUCAGCUGCUCCAGCCAAGCAAUCCAUUCGACGAGGAGAAGGGCGAGGCGCGUAGUAGCCACAGUUGUCACAGCACUGCCGGUAACACGCCAACGGAGCAGCCGCCACCAUUGCCGCUGCAGCAGCAAUUGGCUACGGGACGUGGAAAAUCCCAGCUGCAGCAGCGAGCAGAUGCUUUUAUAAGUGGCUUGGCAGAGGCUCGGCUUUUAGAGCCGCCGGUGGCUGCUUGGUUGGCGCUCACCGAGCGCUACUGCAAGGCGCACAACCUAAUGUGGCACCAGGAGUUCUCUACGGAACAUCCCGUCCAGGAGCUGGAGCGCUUGUUGAGCGCCGUGCUCAUUCGGCACCAGUAUCUCGGCGGUCUAGUGCUCAGUGCACUAGAGACGGAGUCGUCGCCGCCACGACAGCUGGGCGAAAUCAUUCGGCUUGUACACCAGGCCAAGUGGUCAGUUGUUCGUACCCGGCAACAGCUAAACCGCAGCUAUAAGGAAGUGUGUGCCCCCAUCCUGGAGCGUCUGCGCUUCCUGCUCUACGAGGUGAGGCCAGCGAUCAGCCCGCAGCAACGUGGAUUACGGCGUCUGCCCAUCCUGCAGCGCCCGUCGCGCUUCCGGAUGCUAGUGCGUCGUCUUCUCCAGGAACUGCGCUCCUCGCGAAAGCCGGCGAAGCCGGAGGAUCUGCUUAAUGCCACUAUUCAGCAGGAGCAGGAGAAGAAGCCCCAGGCCAUGCCUAAACUGGAGCUGGAGGAGCAAGAAGAGGAGGAAACAUUACUACGGAGGCUAAACGAACGUCAGAUUCAUGGCGAAGGGGAGUUGGACCCGGGACUCAUGCAGGACAUUGUGGACUUUGCCCUGCAGGACAGCUGCGACGUGGAGACGGCACGACGGGCUAUGUACUGUCAGAUGCAGCGCUACCAACUACGGCUGGCGGGGCUUCAGCUUGUCCAGCAACUGCUUGAACUACAUGGCUUGUUGGAUGCGGCACAGUACAGUCUGCUUAACGGUUUCCUCGGACUGCACUUGAAAUCUACAUCCUCCGGUGGAGGCUCUGCAGGAUCUAGUAUGCAUGUUCUUGGUCAGCUGAACAUGAUUAGUGCCUACCAGAAGGCCAGGUUACUGUUGGCUCAAGCCCGCGUCCUCGACUGGGCAGUACGAGAGCUGCGGCGUUUGGUAAACCAAGAACAGCAGGGCCAUGCCCGCGGCAAGGAUAGCACCAAUUUGGGCACCUACGUACUGCUAAAGCGCCUUCCACGUGCUCGCUUUCUCCUCAGUGUGUUUGGUCUCCUGGCCAAAGAACUGGGUCCCAACGAGCUGGGCCUGCUAAUCAACUCCGGGCUGCUCGGCACAGUGCUCGGACUGUUGGCUCAGACGGGCGGCGAGGGUGUGACCGGCGGCCAGGUGCACGGCGAACUGAGUAUCCUCUACGAAGACAGCGUGCUGAAGCAGAAAUCCAGCAAGGCGCAGCUCAGUGGUCCCGAUCUGGCCAAGCUGAUGAAGAUCGGAACCCGCAUUGUCAGGGGAGCAGACUGGAAGUGGGGCGAUCAGGAUGGCAACCCGCCAGGCGAAGGGCGCAUUAUCAGCGAGGUUGGUGAAGACGGUUGGGUGCGUGUGGAAUGGUAUACGGGAGCCACCAACUCUUAUCGUAUGGGUAAGGAGGGUCAGUACGACCUUCAGCUGGCUGACAGCGCUCUCAAUGUGGCCUCACCCACGGAACCUGAGCGGGAGGAUGUUUCCGGAAGCGAGGCUUCGCCCAACAGCGAUUCGCACCCAUCGAAACUGCUGCGCCACUGCGCUGCCAAGCUUCUACAGAUCUUGGCCGUGGGAAGCGGACUGCACGGCGCUCAACUGGAUAAGCACGCCCUGCGUGGCAUGACCAGCAUGUUCCGAGCCAUAAUUUACCCCAAACCAUCGAUGUCCAGCAUCUCCCAUUCGUUGGGAUGGCUCAACCUUGGCUUUAUCCGAGCAAUAUCCGGCGAUUGCCCCCGGCUUUGCCUGGAGCUGAGCACCCCGCGGUGGUUGAGUCACUACCUUUCUCUUCUUGAGCAGCCAGCGGGCAACGAGGCGGGCGUCUACCGGCAACUCCACUGCCUGCGCCUGCUGCAGUUCAUCCUAGCGCAGUGGGGCGUUGAGGAGGAGCUCCGCAUGCCCGCCCUGGUGCACCAACUGUUCGCCACCCUGGGACGCAUCGCGCUCCACUGUCCCGGUGAUGCUAGUCUACUGCCUACGGCGGAGGGCAAGGCGCGCGUGCUGCUCACAGCCUCCCAUUCUGGCAGCGUGGCCGAGGAGCUGGUGGCCCUGCUUCGCCGCCUGCACACGCUGCCGUCCUGGAACCCGGUCAUCAAUUCCUUCCUGGCGCAGAAACUCUGCGUAGCCGCCGAGCUGCUGGCAGAACAUUCGCCGCACUCCACGCCGCUGGACAGUGAACAGGUGUUUGUGCUGGGUGUGCUUGGGGCCAUGGGUGGCCACGAUCUGCGUCCACGCGUGGGCCUCCAUUGUUUCCACGAAGGCGGCCACAUGGUGAUCGCCAGCUUCACACCCAAGGGCCGCUGCCUCCUCGCACCCGGAGGCGUGGGAUCUGGCACGGGAUUUGUGAAGGUGCAGCUGCCGGCGGUGAUGCCCCACUUGGACCACAGCGUCUUCAGCUUGAGUCGUCUGCCUAUGAAUGAAAUGCUGCUGAAUGCGUGGACAGUGCUGCUCUACGGACCAGCUCCGGAGCUCCGGGAGCUGCCCACCAGCCCGGAUGGUCGCCUGGACUUGGCCCUGCUCCGGGCCCAGCAGCUUCAGAUGGCGGUGCUGCACACAAACGGCGUUUUGUACCGCCAUCAAGCCGCUUUGCGUCGCAUCCUCAAGCAACGCGCUCCUGGCAGUAUAUAUGCAUCCGCUGAUGAGCCGGACCGAACCGACGCGGAGUCGCAGCUUGCGGUGGAAGAGGAGCAGGAGCAGGAGCAUCAGCUUUCCGCAGGAAGUGGCCAGGAGUCCCAGCUCUUGAUACAGUGUAUUCUUUUGCGAGCAACCCAGGCGUCCCCCGUUAAAGCCUGCUACAACUACAUGGAUCUGGACUCGGCAGCCCUAAACUGCAUCCAAUCGCUGGCCACUCAGGCGCACCAGGAACUGAGUGAGGGUGGCGACAUCCCGCCCAACGCCCAUUCACUUUGUUCUCCGCCUCAACCGACGAUGGUCCACGGAGUGCCCGUGUACAAUGUGGCCAGGAAGGAGCAGAAGCCGCCAGAGCAAGUGGAGGCCAAGUCCAAGUGGCCGGCGGCGGCCACCGAUGCCCAGCUCAUUGGGCAGAUAAUGGAGAUGGGAUUCACGCGACGCACUGUGGAACUGGCCCUCAAGCAGUUGUCGCUGCAAGCGGAGAUUAUGCCCACACCCGAACAGAUAGUGCAGUGGAUUUUGGAGCAUCCGGACGUGUGUGCUAACACCAUCGAGGAGGACACCCUGCCAAUGCCGUCCUCGACCUCGUCGCACGAUCCAGAGGCCGAUUCCGACAAUGAGUGCCCCAGUUCGAAUUCGACGACCUCGUCCUCAUCCUCCUCGGAUACAGUUGAGGGUCAGCCGGUGGCCAACAGUGGAGCCUCUUUGCCAGUGAAGUUUGAGUCUCGCAAGGACUUCCAGACAUUUGAUCUGUACGCGCUAUAUGUGAGGGGACUGGUUCGCCCGGGCAUGACGGUGCGCUGCUGUCGGGACUUCGAGGAGAUCAAGCAAGGCGACAUGGGCACCGUUUUAAUCGUGGACACCGAGGGCCUGCACGAUCUCAACGUCCAAGUGGACUGGCGCAACCACGGCAGCACCUACUGGGUGUGCUUCGUGCACAUCGAACUAGUGGAGGCUCCUCAGGCGCAGCACCAGCCACGGCCCCCGCCCAUCGCGGUGGGAGCACGGGUCCGGCUGCGCUCGCUGCGGUACGGGAUGAUCUGCCAACUGCGGCUGGGCAGGAGCCAGGGAUCAGCGGCCAUUGGAGUGGUGAGCUCCGUGCGCAGCAAACAACUAACUGUCGACUUUCCGGACCUGCCCGCCUGGCAGGGUCACAUCAACGAGGUGGAACUGGUGGCCCCGUUGCCCGUGUCCAACUCCAUCGCCGGCAUGGGUGAUUCCUGUGGCCAGGUAGUGUCCAGCGAUCUCAUCGAGGAUUGGUCCCGAUGCAUUCGUUCGCUGACCGUGAGUUCCAACGAGGCGGCUGCCAAGCAUCUGCUUAACGGCAGUAACCAGCCGUGGCAGAGCUGCUCCACUGGACCCUGUCGCCAUUGGAUCCGCCUGGAGCUGCACGACCGCAUCCUAGUCCACAGCCUGACCCUGAAGGUUAGUCCCGAGGAUCACUCGCACAUGCCGUCACUGCUGGAAAUCCGCGUAGGCGAGUGCGUUGAUAGCCUAAAGGAGUACACCUGGAUCCCGGUGCCGGCGGGCGCAAGCCGUGUGCUGCUCAUGCAGCAGGUGCCCACGUACUACCCCUGGGUGGAAGUGGUGGUUAAGCAGUGCCAGAACAACGGCAUCCAGUGCAAGAUUCACGGAAUCAAAUUUGUGGGUCGCCGCCAGCAACCGGAUAUUCAGCACAUUCUGGCCAACGCCCAGUUCCUGGCCAGUGAGUACAGCGCCGGAGUGGGGCCUGGCUCAGCAUCGGGAGCCGGAGCAGUUAGCACAUCCCACGGCGAAGCUGGUGCUGCGCCCGAACAAGAUCUGCCCUGCACCGUAAUGGUGUGGGGCCUAAACGACAAGGAGCAGCUGGGCGGCCUCAAGGGAUCCAAGGUGAAGGUGCCCAGCUUUUCGCAGACCAUCAGUCGGCUGCGACCCAUCCACAUCGCAGGCGGAUCCAAGAGUCUGUUUAUCGUGAGCCAGGACGGAAAAGUUUACGCCUGCGGCGAAGGAACAAAUGGACGCCUGGGCCUCGGGGUGACCCACAAUGUGCCACUUCCCCACCAGCUGCCCGUGCUGCAUCAGUAUGUGGUGAAGAAGGUGGCCGUGCACUCUGGCGGCAAGCACGCCCUCGCCCUGACACUAGACGGUAAGGUGUUCUCCUGGGGCGAGGGCGAGGACGGAAAACUCGGCCACGGUAACCGGACCACGCUGGACAAGCCUCGCCUGGUAGAGGCACUGCGCGCCAAGAAGAUCCGCGAUGUGGCCUGCGGCUCAUCCCACUCGGCGGCCAUUAGCAGCCAAGGCGAGCUGUACACCUGGGGACUGGGAGAGUACGGCCGCUUGGGCCACGGAGACAACGCAACGCAGCUGAAGCCCAAGUUAGUCGCAGCGUUGACAGGAAGAAGGGUCGUCCAAGUGGCCUGCGGAAGUCGGGAUGCACAAACUCUCGCCCUGACAGAAGACGGCGCCGUGUUCUCAUGGGGCGACGGCGAUUUCGGGAAACUAGGACGCGGUGGGAGCGAAGGAUCAGACACCCCGCACGAGAUCGAGCGGCUCUCGGGGAUCGGAGUGGUGCAGAUCGAGUGUGGCGCCCAGUUCAGCUUGGCCCUCACGCGAGCCGGAGAGGUGUGGACCUGGGGAAAGGGCGACUACUACCGUCUCGGCCACGGGGGAGAUCAACACGUGCGCAAGCCGCAGCCCAUUGGCGGCCUGCGGGGCCGAAGGGUCAUCCACGUGGCCGUGGGGGCACUGCACUGCCUGGCGGUCACGGAUGCCGGCCAGGUGUACGCCUGGGGAGACAAUGACCACGGACAGCAGGGCAGUGGCAACACGUUUGUGAACAAGAAGCCAGCUCUGGUCAUCGGCCUGGAUGCGGUGUUUGUGAAUCGCGUCGCCUGCGGCAGUUCCCACUCCAUAGCCUGGGGACUGCCCAAUGCAUCCUUGGACGAGGAAAAGCGAGGACCCGUGCCCUUCGGCAGCACGCGUGAUCCCCUGGGAGGAAGCAGCUUGGGCAUUUACGAAGCGGAGACAGUGCAAACCCUGAAGCAGGAGGCUAAACCCAUAAAUAUGACCAGCCUGAGCGAGAGUCUGGCCUUGGAAACACCAGCUGCCAGGCAGGCAGCUCUGGGUCACGUACUCCGUGCCAUGAGCAUCCUGCAGGCACGCCAGCUUAUCGUGGCCGCGCUCACCAGUCACAGUAAGGUCAACUACAAGGAGCGGGGCGUGGCCGCAGGCGAAGAGGAGCAACUCACGGGAGGAACCAUGAUGGGAGCACCUUUGCAACUGGCGGAAACGAUUGCCCAGGGAGGUGGCGAGGCGCCCGCCGAUGCCACUGAUGCCGCUCUGCAGGAGCACAGUCCAGAUGCUGCCAUGGAGGUGCUGACCGGAGGAGUGUCCGGCGGAGCUGUCCCUCUGCCACCGCUCACCGCUGGCCCACUGAGCGCCUUUCAGAGCCUAACCGGAUCCCUGUCCAUGUCGGGGUCGCUCUCCAGCAGUGCUUUGCCCCAGCACAAACACUCCCGGAUGUCGGCCAGCGCCAUGUCCGUGAUGGCCGCCACCAUGACGCAGCAGGAGGAGAUGCUGUCCCACAUUGGCCAUUGUCACGGCCUGGACGACUUCGGCGGACUGCUGGGUGAGCCGGAGGCCAAAAGCCUGGUGGAGCUGCUGAAGCUGGCCGUGUGCGGUCGAUGCGGACCGCCGAGCACCGCCCAGACCAUCGGCGACACUCUUAUUUCCUUGGGCGCUGGAGCCCCGCCGGUGGCCGCAAUGCUUCUGGAGACAUGCAUCACGGAGCUGGAGGACCUGUGCACAUCGCGCCACUGCCUGGGCAAGUUGCCCAAGCCAGUGAUGCAGGAGAGCAGCCACCCGUACGUGGACAACGUGAACGUGACCGGAGUGGUGCGCAUUCCCGGUGCGGAGAUGCUUCGCCUGGAGUUUGACAGCCAAUGCAGCACGGAGAAGCGCAACGAUCCGCUGGUGAUCAUGGACGGCACCGGUCGGGUACUAGCCAUGCGAUCAGGCCGGGAGUUUGCUCACUGGGCUCCGGAGAUCCGGGUGCCGGGCGACGAGCUGCGCUGGAAGUUCUCCUCGGACAGUUCGGUGAACGGAUGGGGCUGGCGCUUCUGGGUGCACGCCAUCAUGCCGGCGGCCACGCUGGGCGAAAGUGGCUCGGAUCGAGCCGUAUUAUCCCAGCCAUCGAUGGCGCUGGUCAUGUCGCUGCUGGAUUCCCGGCUCGCCCCUCGCCAGCCUAGUGUUCUACUCCGUUUGGCCUCCGCCUUGGCAGCCUGCUCCCAACUGGGAGCCCUCACCACCGCCCAGAGGAUAUGGUCUCUGCGCAAACUGCACGCCGUCCUGCUGCUAGAACAGGCUCCCCGUCCACAGGAUCCGUCACUGUCCACGCUGCUGCAGCCCUUGAUACCGGAGCUAUUGCGCCAGUACGAGUACGAGGAGCCGCAGGUGCGUGGUGGCAUCCACCUGAUGCACUCGGAUUACUUCAAGACCCUGGCUGCCUUGGCCUGCGACAUGCAGCUUGACGCCACGUUGCCCGCCACUUCAUCAUCAUCCUCCACCGCAGCUGCGGGUGCCACAUCCUUCACUGGAGACGUGCACAAGUGGGCCUGGUUCAAACGCUACUGCAUCGCCGUAAGAGUGGCCCAAUCCUUGAUUCGGCGUACGGAACUGCCCCGCGCGUUUUGCCUGGAAGUGCGGAAGAAGUUCGCCGAAAUGCUGCCCACUUCAAAUUCGAAUUCAAAUCCCAAUCCUGGUGGUCAAUCGCCUGGAGCUUCUAUGCUGAAUUCCACAACUUCAUUGUCGUCCAGCACGGCCAGCAAUGUAUCCCCACCGCCGGGAACCACCAGCGAGCAGCAUGAUCUGCACUGCCAUGCCCACCAGUUGGAAUCCACCAGCACGCUGCUGCACGAGGAUCACACGCUCUUUCAGGCGCCGCACGACGCCCAGCUGCUGCAGUGGCUCAACCGGAGACCCGACGACUGGGCACUUAGUUGGGGUGGAGCCAGCACAAUCUACGGAUGGGGCCACAACCACAGGGGCCAGCUGGGCGGAUUGGAAGGCAGCCGGAUCAAGACGCCAACGCCCUGCGAGGCGCUCAGCCUGCUCCGUCCGGUUCAGUUGGCCGGCGGAGAGCAAUCCCUUUUCGCCGUGACGCCUGAUGGAAAACUGUUUGCCACUGGAUACGGAUCCGGAGGAAGACUGGGCGUUGGAGGCAGCGACAGCUGGGCCAUUCCCACUCUGCUGGGGUCCCUGCAGCACGUAUUCGUCAAGAAGGUGGCCGUAAACUCCGGCGGAAAACACUGUCUGGCGCUGACCACCGAGGGCGAGGUGUACGCCUGGGGCGAGGGCGAGGACGGAAAGCUAGGUCACGGCAACCGGAUGAGCUACGACCGACCCAAGCUGGUGGAACACCUCAACGGGAUGAGCGUGGUGGACAUCGCCUGCGGCAGUGCCCACUCGGCGGCGAUCACGGCCAGUGGCCAUGUGCUCACCUGGGGCAAAGGACGCUACGGGAGGCUAGGACACGGCGACUCCGAGGACCAGCUGCGACCCAAGUUGGUGGAGGCGCUGCUCGGCUACCGGGCUAUUGACAUUGCGUGCGGCUCUGGAGACGCACAGACGCUGUGCAUCACGGACGACGACAACGUGUGGAGCUGGGGUGACGGCGACUACGGCAAAUUGGGCCGCGGUGGAAGCGACGGCUGCAAGUUGCCGUACAAGAUCGAAAGUUUGGCCGGACUGGGAGUGGUCAAGGUGGAGUGCGGAUCGCAGUUCUCCGUGGCCCUCACGAAAUCCGGAGCGGUAUACACCUGGGGCAAAGGCGACUUCCACCGACUGGGCCACGGAUCAGUGGACCAUGUGCGCCGACCCAAGAAGGUGGCCGCUCUGCAGGGCAAGAAGAUAAUUUCCAUUGCCACCGGCUCCUUGCACUGCGUCGCCUGCAGCGACUCCGGCGAGGUGUACACCUGGGGCGAUAACGACGAGGGCCAACUGGGAGACGGUACCGUCACUGCCAUCCAGCGGCCGCGCCUUGUGGCUGCCCUCCAGGGCAAGCACAUUGUGAAGGUCACCUGCGGUUCCGCCCACACCCUCGCCCUAUCCACUUCACAGCUGAGUGAGAGGCUACGGCCGCUGCCCAAUCCGCCGCUGGAGUACGACCUCGUACGCGAUCUAACGCCGGAGGCGCUGCACGCCCGCCUUAUCCUGCUGCACCACUUCUCGGAGUUGGUGUGCCCCUGCCUGGCAAUGCUGCCCAUCUCCGGCGACCUGAGCCUGGGCGCUCUAAAGGAUGUGCUCGUGUACAACAUCAAGGAGGCGGCCUUCCGCAAGGUGAUCCAGACAACAAUGGUGCGGGACAAGCAGCACGGACCCGUCAUCGAACUGAACCGCAUUCAGGUGAAGCGGUCUCGGAGCCGCUGCAACGGACUUGCCGGCAUCGAUGGGAUGAAGAGCGUUUUUGGCCAGAUGGUGCAGAAGCUGCCGCUGCUCACCCAAGAGGCACUAGCCCUCCCCCACCGCGUUUGGAAGGUCAAGUUCGUCGGCGAAAGUGUCGACGACUGCGGUGGCGGCUACAGCGAGUCCAUUGCCGAAAUGUGUGACGAGCUGCAGAACGGCAGUGUGCCGCUCCUGAUCAACACGCCCAACGGACGCGGCGAGGCGGGCGCCAACCGCGAUUGCUUUUUGCUGGACCCCACCCUCUCCUCGGUCCUCCAGAUGAAUAUGUUCCGCUUCCUGGGCGUGCUCAUGGGCAUCGCCGUGCGCACUGGAUCGCCGCUGAGCAUUAAUUUGGCGGAGCCGGUCUGGAGGCAGCUGACCGGCGAAGUGCUGCGACCCACGGAUCUCACCGAGGUGGACCGCGAUUACGUGGCCGGACUGCUCUGCAUCCGCAACAUGGACGACGACCCCAAACUAUUCAACACACUGGAGCUGCCCUUCUCGACGUCCUCGGCCCGUGGUCACGAGGUGCCGCUGUCCACGCGCUACACGCACAUCUCGCCCCGGAAUCGGGCGGAGUAUGUCCGCCUGGCUCUCGGGUUCCGACUCCACGAGUUCGACGAGCAGGUGAAGGCGGUGCGGGACGGAAUGUCCAAGGUGAUUCCAGUGCCUUUGCUCUCGCUCUUCUCCGCCGCGGAGUUGCAGGCGAUGGUCUGCGGCUCGCCGGACAUUCCACUUGGUCUGCUGAAGUCUGUGGCCACUUACAAGGGCUUCGACCCGAGUUCGGCCUUGGUCACGUGGUUCUGGGAGGUGAUGGAGGAGUUUACCAAUCAGGAGCGCUCUCUGUUCCUUCGCUUCGUCUGGGGCCGUACGCGCUUGCCGCGUACCAUUGCCGACUUCCGAGGCCGCGACUUCGUGCUGCAAGUGCUCGAGAAAAACCCGCCUGACCACUUCCUGCCCGAGAGCUAUACCUGCUUCUUUCUGCUCAAGAUGCCCCGCUACUCGUGCAAGGCCGUGCUCCUGGAGAAGCUCAAGUAUGCCAUUCACUUCUGCAAGAGCAUCGACACGGACGAGUACGCACGGGUGGCUAUGGGCGAACCCACCGAGGCGACCGGCAGCGAGGACAACAGCGACCUGGAGUCGGUGGCUAGCCACGAAGGCUGAAUCCAUUGUCCCAAACUGUCCCAAACUCCCCCAAACUGACCCAAACUGACCCAACCUGCUUGACCUUCCCGACCUGAGCUACCGAACAACCGAAUACCCGAACAACCGAGUACCCGAACAAAUAAAGCAAGAGUCUAUCGAGGACCUUGGAAACCUUGCGAAUCUCCCAGCAGCUUAUGAUCCUCAACACUAGGACACACGAAGCCUUCAAGUUAAACCCACUCACGCGACACGUACACAUAUAUACACGUAUAAACAUAUAUUUUAAAUUAGCACUUGAAUCUGAGCAAGACGACGAAUCGAGCGAAUGAGAAGGCAUGACAGAGGAGAGAGAGAAAGAGAGAGAGACACGAAAGCGAGCGAAAGAAGUAAUGAUCGGUCGAUCGCGUAAUGAAACCAAAAAGCAAAGCGUUAAAGUUAUUUCCAUAUUAUAUUAUAUAUAUACAUAUAAAUUUAAAUAUAAAUGUUAGUUGAAGUCCACUCAUAUUAAUACACAAGGCUUAAACGUUAGACGCAAUCCAAUCCAUUCCCAUCCAUCCCGAAUCCGAACCCUGCCCAAAACAGUUAAUAAGAUAAUUGAUAUUAAUAACCCUAAAAACACAAAGGGCUGAAUCCGUUUCUAAUGAUGAUUUAUUCAAAGGUUAGAUGCGCCCACCAGGCGCCGCAAAGAAAACUCUAUCUGAACUAAAUUGAAGCUAAAUAAAAUAUUACAAAAACCAA